GUUUUAAUAUUUGAGCUCGGAUCGGCUUGCUUCCACGCGCCGACGUAAGAUUAACCAUUAAUCAUCCAUAUCGCGAUGUGUAAGCAUUGCUGUAAUGCGUACGGUAAGUCUGUGACGACGUAUUGGACACACUCAUAUGCAUUAAUGCAUGCACCAAUGAGGCUGCCUGGUUGGAGCUCGUCCCCGACUGCCUGCCUUGAAAAAGAGCCCAUCCCGCCUCUUCGUCUGCUCUCGCCCUCUGCUUGCUCUUGCUCCUGUUCCUGCUCCUGCUCUUGCUUCUCGCUGCCUCACAGUUUGGCGCUGCUUUUCUGUACCCCAUGCGACUCUCAAUAUCUGCCAAGCUGCUCGCCCUCGCCCUCGUCGUCGCGCUUGUCGCCGCCGACGGGGGUCAUGCGCAUGAAGCUGCCAACAUGAAUAUGGACAUGGACAUGGGCAUGAACGCGACUCAGAAAGACCAAAUGUCCAAGCCCGCCGAGGAGUGGGAGCUCAGCUACUUUGCGAGUGGCCAGCACAGCAGCGCCAUCACGGCCCACAUCAUCCUCGAAGUGAUUUCCUGGUGCUUCAUUCUCCCGAUAGCCGUCAUGCUGAGUGUUGCGCAUUCGCGGUACACCAUUCCCACGCAGUUCCUGUUCCUGGUCGUCAAUGCGGUUGGUUUGUUGUUUGGCAUCAUCUACAACACUUCCACCCCCGACCUGUAUGAGAACAAUGCGCAUCACACGAUCGGCUGGAUUGCGACGUGGGCGGUGGGUGUACAGGCUGUCAUCGGCUUGAUUUAUGCCUACUCGGGCCGUGGCCGCACAAACUCCGGCCAUGAGUAUGAGCGCGCCACCUUUAUGCCCGUCUCGACUCAGAACAUGAUGGAGCACCAACAGCUGUACUCGCCCGUCGCCGAGUACAGAUGGUCUGGAGACAGUGGCCAGGGAACCAGCUGUCCCACCUCUCCCGACGAGGAACACUUCCCCAAGUCGGAGGAAGACGAAGAGGAGAUCGAGGUGCCGACGCCUCUUGCGCGCGGUUGGCUGCGAAGCGUUACCUUGGAUCGGUUCUUUACCAGUCGCAUUCCCAGUCUAGUGUCCAACCGUGCUCUCCGUGUUUUGCGCAUUGUGUACAAUGUGAUUGAUCGCAUCAUCUUGCCGUUUGGCUUCAUUGCUCUGACCACCGGCGGUGUGACGUAUGGCGGUAUCUUUAGAGGUCAUGGAAUCUUCAGCGGCCUGGCGCAUUUCAUCAAGGGCGGCAUCUUCUUCUGGUACGGUCUUGUCGUUUUGGGUCGAUUCAUGGGCUGCUGGGCCAAUUUCGGGUGGGCCUGGAAUAUCAAACCUGCAGGCUCCCGCGCCGUGACUGGAGAGUUCGUUGAGUCCGCUUUGAUUUUCACCUACGGCUCAACCAAUGUCUUCUUGGAGCAUCUCGGAGGAUGGGGACAGGGAUGGUCUGCUCAGGAUUUGGAGCAUGUAUCAAUCUCUGUCAUGUUCUUUGGUGCCGGACUGUGCGGCCUGCUCCUCGAAUCGAAACGAGUCCGGAAGUGGGUGAAACAGAGCAUCUUGGGAAAUAACUUCCGUCAGCAGCAAACCGAGGAAGACGAGUCUGGCGUGUCUUUCAACCCAAUGCCAGCACUGAUCAUCUUCCUCUUGGGCAUGAUGAUGGGCGGUCACCACCAGAAACAAAUGGUCUCGACCAUGGUCCACAAGCAAUGGGGCACUCUGCUAUCUGGAGCUGCGAUGGCUCGUGGUGUGACUUAUGUCAUCACCUACGUGAAACCGCCGACUUCAUAUUUACCGGCGCGUCCACCGUCGGAACUGAUUGGCGCAUUCUGCCUGGUUUCCGGCGGUCUUAUCUUUAUGCUGAGUGCCUCCGAUAUCAUGGACGUCAUGGUGUGGUACGAUCUCGACGCCAUGUUCACCUUCAACAUCGCCAUAGGCCUGUCCUGUUUCAUCAUGGCGUAUGAAAUCCUAGUGAUCGCCAUUAAAGCCUGGGCGGUCAAGAAGGAGACCGCCCAGCACCACGCACGCUCGUGGUCGUCGGCAUGAUACCAACCCCUCUGCCUCUGCCCUGUUCAUAUCUUCCCACUCGGUUGAUAUAUUCGGACAUAUCCCUUCUCUUCUCUUCAUCUUACGAUUUUUGUGGCUUCAGCUUUAUACCCCUGGACAGUUGGCUUGUUUAUGAUCCUCACGAUGUGCAUGUAAUGGGCGGUAGAUCGAUAGCAUCUGCCGGCUUCAUGUGAAUAGAUAGUUAAUGAUAACCUACCGUAUAUUUUGCA